AUGUCACAAGCAGCUUUGACUGGAGCAGGGUCGACUUCGGCCGCCAAUCGACCAGCCAAGUGUCUCCCCCGAGACCUGUGCGCUCGCCGGCACAGUGUACCGAUACAGCAUCAGUCUGCGCCCGAAGACUUGGAGAGCGCCGUAGCCGGGCUGAUAGAGGUGCGUGGGCUGUUUUGGGAAAACUGGAAGGGCUACCGGGAACUUGCGUGGAUGAAGGAUGCGCUGCUGCCGGUGAGCGGCGGACCGAGGGAUCAGUCCUCCGGAUGGGCGGCCGCCUUGGCCGGCUCGUUGGACACGCUGUGGAUCAUGGGCCUGCGAGAUGAAUUCGACGAGGCCGUCGAGGCCGUCUGCCGGAUCGACUUUGACCUCCCCGGCGCGUGGCCCAUGGGGAUUUCGAUGAGAGACGAGGACGUGGUCGGCGGUGAUGGCUUCAUUCCUGACGCCGGCGAGGACUCUCUGUUCGAGCACCUCCCCAAGAUGCAUGAGCUGCUCCGAGGAGGCGAGGACAAGUACCAGGCCAUGGCCAGGGCCUUUCUGGACACGAGGAGGAAGCGCCCCGAGUGGAAGCCAUAUCACCCAGAGGGAUUCACCGCCGCCAAGGACAUGCGAUAUAUCCGGCGACCCGAGGCCAUCGAGAGCGUCUUCUACCUGUACAGAAUCACGGGCGCCAAGGCCUUCUUCAAAGACACGGCAUGGGACAUGUUCACCGCCAUCAACAAUGGCACGAGGACCGACUAUGCAAAUGCAGCCGUGUUGGAUGUCAUCGUUGCGCGGUAUCCCUUGCCCAAGAUGGACUCUAUGGAGGCGAGUCUUGUACUGACUGGGCUUGCAGACCGUCACGGCGCAGCUAAUAACGAAUCCCACAACCCCCCUUCAGAGCUUCUGGCUGGCCAAGACAUUAAAGUACUUCUAUCUCGUCUUCUCGACGCCCGACGCCCGACGUCAUCAGUUUAG